AUCGAGAUCUAAUAUUUUCAACGGCUACACGCAACCGUAACCCUCAGCGACCGAACCACAACUACCACCACCACCACCACCACCACUACCGCCUGAUUACCUUAUCGGCUCGUCAUUAGCUCCAUCCGCACAGUGUCGAACCGCUCCUAUCUGCUCAGCGAAUCAGUUUCAGGAAAAGCUAUUGUAAAUGGCAACAGCUACUUAUCCACCUCCACCACCGUAUUACAGGCUGUACAAGGAUUACGAACAAGACCCUACCUCUGCUCCCGAACCGCCCCCUCCUAUUCAAGGGACCUACCAACUAUAUGGCGCCACUUACACUACUGAUGAUGUAUUACCGAGCUUGGAAGAUCAGGGUGUUCGUCAAUUGUACCCAAAAGGCCCAAAUGUUGAUUUCAAAAAGGAAUUGAGGUCGCUAAACAGGGAACUGCAGUUGCAUAUUUUAGAGCUAGCUGAUGUUUUAAUAGAGCGACCGUCACAAUAUGCGAGGAGAGUGGAAGACAUUUCUCUGAUAUUCAAAAAUUUGCAUCACCUUCUCAAUUCGUUACGUCCACAUCAGGCUAGAGCAACACUUAUUCACAUACUUGAACUUCAGAUACAAAGAAGAAAGCAAGCUGUGGAGGACAUUAAAAGGAGGAGAGAAGAAGCACAAAGACUUCUCAAAGAGGCACUUGGGACAUUGGAAGGACAGUAAACAUGUGGAUGAUGGAUGCUCAGAAGUAAGCGAACCAAACCAAACAAAACCAACAUCUGGAGUCGAACGCUUGUUCGCAUUAUGGUUAUUUCAAUAUUUAGGUGUUUGAUUAUCAGUUUCGAGUAAUUACUUUCUUAGUGGUUGUGACAAAACCUAUUAUUAGAAGAUGAAGAAAGAGUUUGAAUUAUUCACAAAACAUUAAAGUUUAAUGUUCUCUUAUUAAAUGGGCAUUUCAAUGUCAUUUCUUGAAGAUA